AUGAAGCUCCUCAUAAAAUUUGUCCUCCUGGCUCUGGGUGUUUGCGUCAAAGCCAGAGACCCAGAUCGUCCUGUCUGCAUUGUGGGAGCUGGCCCUGCGGGACUCAGUGCGGCCGCGGAAUUGGAGCUAAAGGGGUACCGUACGGUGACCUUUGAGAAGCAGAGUGCGGUGGGAGGGAAGUGUCAAGCUGUCUAUGAGAAUUCCACUUUCAGUCCUCUCGGAGCGCUGAUUUUCACGCCCCCGACAUACCGGGAAUCAAUCAAGCUCCUGCUAAAGACUGGAGUGACCUCUGUUCCCUUUGUCUCCGGCGAGAAGUGGCAGUACAAUGCCUCCAGCGGGUCAAUUUGGGCGAAACCCCCCUAUCCCCCCGCAGGCGAUGCAACUCUUCAUGCAAGAGGUGCGGAGAUACGUGGACUGGUGGAACAAGAACUUUGUCCUCUACAAUAUUGCCCCGGGGUAUCCAGUGAGUAUCAUGGAACUGUAUCGUUACCUGGGCGGCAACUGAUUGCAAGAUCUAGCAUGGCAUUCCCCCCCGAGCUGACCGUUCCAGCAGCUGAGUGGCUGGCGCGCAAUGGAUACCAAACUCUGCAGGCAGCGUUUGUGCAGUCUAUGGUUGCAUAUGGCUAUGGGGACUAUCGCCAAGUGCCAAUUGUAUACAUGCUGCAAUACCUGACCCCGCCGGUGCUGAUGACGCUCCUCAAAGUCCAACAAGGCAGCAUGAUCGAGAUUGCAGACUUCCACCGGGCGUUGCAAAUCUUCGCCGACAGGUUCAUCGCCGGAGAAAUCCACCUGGACACGACCAUCUCACACAUCGACCGCACCGGCGAGUCACCCAUAAUCACAUACCAGACCUCGAGCGACAGCACGCUCCAGACCCAGUCCUGCGCAGCACUGAUACUCGCCUUUCCGCCAAUUCUGUCCUCACUCCAAAGCGCCGGCCUCGACCUGACCGACGAGGAACGUGAAGUCUUCACACCAGUGGGCACCCACAGCUUCUACUCCGGCGCCGUGCGCCUCUCCACGCCCCACACCAUGACCUUCGGCGCGGCAAGCGCCCACCCGGGCCUACCCCCCGACGCAACCGGCGACCCCGUCGUGUUCACAAAGCUACACGGCGAUCUCGACAUUGCCAUUACGUCGUCGUGGGGCCCGUACCGCGGGAACUUGACGCGGGAUGAGGCGUACGCACGACUGAAGAGCACCCUGUCGGCGUUCAACAAGGACCCGAGGGACGCGGGUGUGUCUGCUGGGGCAGUGAAUGACGAGGACGUGCUAGCGUUCCAGGAGAACGAGUACUUUCCACAUUAUGACACCCAGCAGCUGCGGGAGGGAUACUAUGAGCUUUUCGAAGGGCUGCAGGGACAGAAAGGGACGUAUUAUGCCAGUGGGUUUAAUAUGUUCGAGUUGGUGGAGUAUGCGUUGAGGGCGGGGCAGGAUGUCGCGAGGAGGUUUUCUAAUUUGUAG